AUUAUUUUUGUGUCUCGCUUGAAUUCCGACAAGUCGGUACUAAGUAACCACAAUUUUCUCGCUUUGCCGUCUUCUCCGGCGAUUUUCAGACACUAGUUUCUCUCCUAAAAUUUCAGUUGUUAAAUUCAAAUAUCUACAGUAAUUACUGUAACUAGAAACCGGAGAAUGUCGUUUCUCAGUUUUCCGGCCAUUUCACCUCAUCGACCUGUUUCUUCCGGCGCUUCAUUUCGUCCUCGCUCUUCAUCUCCCCGAUUGUUCAAGUCUUGUGUUAAGUGCAGUUAUGCUGAAGCUCCAAUUGACAUUGUGGCAGAUAUCAAAUCCGAAAGGGUGGUUGUUCUUGGAGGAAACGGUUUCGUUGGCUCAGCUAUUUGCAAAGCAGCAAUCACCAACGGAAUUGAAGUUGUAAGUGUCAGCAGAUCCGGUCGUCCUAACUUCCAAGAUUCAUGGUUGGAUCAAGUUACAUGGGUUACUGGUGAUGUUUUCUAUUUGAACUGGGAUGAAGUGCUUCUCGGUGCUACUUCCGUAGUUUCAACCAUUGGUGGUUUUGGAAAUGAAGAACAGAUGAAAAGAAUCAACGGUGAAGCUAACGUCAUCGCUGUGAAUGCUGCCAAGGAUUUCGGUAUUCCUAAGUUCGUCUUGAUUUCAGUUCAUGAUUACAAUCUUCCACCAUUUGUUCUCUCCACCGGUUAUUUCACUGGUAAACGUAAUGCAGAGGCAGAACUUCUUUCCAAAUAUCCCAACUCCGGAGCUGUGCUGAGACCUGGUUUCAUAUACGGGAAACGAAAAGUGAACGGGUUCGAAAUCCCGCUUGAUCUGGUCGGUGAGCCACUAGACAAGAUAUAUGGUGCUGCAGAGAGAUUCAUUAGACCAUUGAGGUCUCUCCCUGCGUCUGAUCUCCUCUUGGCUCCACCGGUUAACGUCGAUGAUCUUGCACUUGCUGUGAUUAAUGCUGUGAAAGAUGAUGACUUCUUUGGCAUUUUCACUAUUGAACAGAUCAAAGAAGCAGCUGCCAAAAUGAGAGCCUUUACAUACUAAAUAGCUUCCUUCUUCUUUUCCUCUCCCCUUUUGUCAAAUUUUUUGUUGUAUAUCGUUUGUAAAACUUAUUAUAUGUUUACAUCCAAAUAUCGUUU